CUCCGGAAGCAGACAUCAUGGUGUUCCUCAACCUACUGACGCUGGGGCUCUGGUCAAAGGUCGGACGAUUAACCCACUACGCAUUCGAUGCCGUUCUCAUCUCGGCCUUCCUCGCCGGAAUGAAGCGAUCGACUGGUUUGACACCCAGUUUCAAGAGGGACAAAGUUGCCGGUGAAAACAAGGACCUCGGAGGAUGGAUCGACAAGUACCUCGGUGUUGGUGAAUGGGUGAUGGACCAGUCCGUUGCCAUCGCCGGAUCCAGCGGCUACUUUGAGCGCACCCGAUGAGCUCAUCUACCACGACUCGACACGGCUAGCUGGAAUACCUAGGCCGCCACUUCGAAUCGGAGUGGACUCUAUCCUCGGUAUAUGUUUUAUGUCUCGCCUCAUGAUGGAUAUGAAUUCGUGUUUUGGGAAUGCAAGGAAUUGUUCUAUACGCGCCUCGAGCUGGACACACUCCGACAUUUCUGCCGUCAUCAGGUUUAUGGUAGCAGGAAGGAUGCAUGGACGCUAGCAAACACCAGCAUGCAGAUCAGCACGAGGCGCCUUAUCUUGAUAGCGGCGUUAUGGUGCAGGACUAUGCACGUGAAUAUUGAAUCAAUGAUAUAAAGACCCAGA